GCGGCAGCAGUGGCGGUGGCGGAGGGGGGGAAAUGGCGGCCACGGUGCUGGCGGCGCCGGAGGGCGGUUCCGCCGUGAUGCAGGCGGGGAACGCGGCGGCUUGUACUCCGCCACCAGGUCCCUCGGGUCCCGGUUCGUGGAACCGCUCCUUGGACCGAGCCUUAGAAGAAGCGGCAGCCAGCGGUACCCUCAGUCUGAGCGGCAGGAAGCUCCGUGACUACCCGCGGGCCAGCGCCGCCAACCACGACCUCAGCGACACCACCCAGGCUGAUUUGUCACGGAACAGACUGUCAGAGCUUCCAGCAGAAGCAUGUCACUUUGUCUCCCUCGAGAGUCUUAAUUUGUACCAGAACUGCAUUCGAUACAUCCCAGAGGCUAUUUUGAACUUACAGUCUUUAACAUUUCUAAAUAUCAGUCGAAACCAGCUUUCCACAUUGCCAGUACACCUCUGUAGUCUACCACUAAAAGUCUUGAUAGCAAGUAAUAAUAAGUUGGUUUCAAUACCUGAAGAAAUUGGACAGCUCAGACAGCUGACAGAGCUUGACGUGAGCUGUAAUGAAAUACAGACAAUACCUCCACAGAUUGGAAAUUUGGAAUCCUUGCGGGACCUAAAUGUCAGAAGAAAUAAUUUGGUGCGUUUACCUGAAGAGCUUGCUGAGUUGCCUUUGAUUCGAUUAGAUUUCUCCUGCAAUAAGAUAACAACAAUACCAGUUUGUUACAGGAACCUCAGACAUCUGCAGACCAUCAUGUUAGAGAACAAUCCUCUCCAGUCACCCCCUGCACAGAUAUGUAUAAAAGGAAAAAUCCACAUAUUUAAAUACCUGAACAUAGAAGCAUGCAAGAUAGCUCCAGACUUGCCUGAUUAUGAUAGGAGACCCAUGGGAUUUGGAUCUUGCCAUGAGGAACUCUAUUCCGGUCGUCCAUAUGGAGCACUUGAUUCUGGCUUCAAUAGUGUGGACAGCGGAGACAAAAGAUGGUCAGGGAAUGAACCAACAGAUGAAUUCUCGGAUCUCCCUUUGCGCGUGGCAGAGAUCACUAAAGAACAGAGGCUGCGAAGAGAAAGUCAGUAUCAAGAAAACCGAGGGAGCACAGUUGUAACUAAUGGUGGAGUGGAACAUGAUCUCGAUCAGAUCGACUAUAUUGACAGCUGUGCCACAGAAGAGGAGGAGGAAGAGGUGAGGCAACCCAAGUGCAUGGACCCAGACAGCCUCAGCUCACAAUUCAUGGCAUAUAUUGACCAGCGGCGAAUCUCUAAUGAGGGCUCACCAGUAAAGCCUGUAUCCAUCAGAGAAUUUCAGAGAACAGAGGAUACAAGACGAUACUUACAUCAAAACAGACCCCCAGCUGAUUCGCCUUACUUUCUAUCAAGUCACCACAGUCAGGUGCCUAACACAGAUCCCGAGCUGCACCGCAGGCACGUAGAGCGUACCCGUCGGGAGGCUCAGCUGGCGGCGCUUCAGUAUGAGGAGGAGAGGAUGAGAACAAAACAGAUUCAGAGAGAAGCUGUCCUUGACUUUGUUAAGCAAAAGGCAUCCUUAAGUCCUCAGAAGCAAAGUCCCCUGGAUAGUGAGUGUCCUUUUCCAUCCAGAAGGUCUCAGCAUACUGAUGAUAGUGCCUUGUUAGUGAAUGGCUUUGAGCCUUUCUUUGUAUUUGAGAUUGACAGUAACACCAAUACCAUUAAAAGAAGGCCAGGGACUCACAAACAGUCACUUUCAGGGUUGAAUCAAGAAAGCCAUGCUACUACUCUGCCUAAUGCCUCUACCUUCAGUCCUGUCAAGGGUGAUGAGAGAUCCACCAUCUCCCCUGGCUCACCUACCACUCAGACAGUCCACCUUUCCCCUCCAUAUCCUGGCCAUGCAGCCCCGCCUUCCUAUAGAAACCCUGCCCUUCGACCAGAGAGUUUCCUUUACCAAGCAGCUGUCAGGGAUGAAGCAAAGAAAGGUGUUGUUUCAUCUUCUGCCUGUGCCUUGUCUCCUGCUAAUGAUGCUGCAGACCCGAGAGUAAGGCAGAGCUCCAAACAGCGAGAGGAGGAGCUGGAGCUAAUUGAGCAGCUACGCAAGAAUAUAGAAUCACGGUUGAAAGUGUCGUUACCCAGUGAUCUUGGAGCAGCUCUCACUGAUGGUGUUGUUCUGUGCCAUUUAGCUAAUCACGUGCGUCCCCGAUCUGUUCCCAGCAUUCACGUCCCCUCACCUGCUGUUCCUAAACUCACAAUGGCAAAAUGCAGACGAAAUGUGGAGAAUUUCUUGGAAGCUUGCAGGAGGAUUGGAGUGCCUCAGGACAAUCUUUGUUCCCCUUCUGACAUUCUUCAGCUAAACCUCAGCGUUAAAAGAACAGUUGAGACUCUUCUUUCCCUGGGGACAGAUUCAGAAGAAUCCAGUCUUGUCUCCCUUUCCGUUCAGCUCUGGGGCUUUGUGGUGUUUUACUGUACUCUAAUGCUAACGCUCUGUAUGUUCUAUCGCUGGGUCUUUUUUCUCUAGCUGAAGGAUAGUGUCGCCGCUUCCUCCCUCUGUCACUCCAGUGCUUGGGAAAGGAUUUUGGUUUUUGUCAAGACUGUGUGUGUGAAGUGCUUUACUUCCCACUGAUGGGACAGAGGUGACAAGUACAACGUGUGAACACACUGGUGCACCCACACGACCGUCUGUGACAUAAUCCACAUUUGUAUUUGCUGUGUCAAUAUUUAGCAGGUGACAAGGGAGGAAGCGCUGUCUGGGAGCUAGAGUGAGGCACAGAGGUUAGGACGUGUGGGUGCAUGCUAUAGUCUGCCAACAGGUGAUGUAGUCCUGGGAAAACGGUGCUGUCAGUUUGUGCCUCAGUUUUCCCACCUGUAUAAUGGGAAUUGCACCCACCCUGGUAAAUUGAUUGAGAAUUUAUCUGAUGAAAAAUGUUAAAGAAGGCAAAGUUGCUUUUUUUUUCCAACAUCAGUGAUCCUGAUGAGAUCUCACAGUCCUAGGAGGCAUGGUCUGGUAAGUUUUAUCCACAGGACUUUGUAGCUGGUUUUUCUUUUUCCAUACCCUUACGCUGCUUCCGAGAGCAUUUGAUUUCUUAUAUUUGUAGACUGAUGUAUUACUCUGAGUCAGGAUUUGCACAGUAGCUGUCAGUGAAUCCUGAGCUACGUGAGCUUUGUAAGAGAUCAAGGAGGAAAUUUUCAGAGAAAUUGCACUUUUUAACAACUUUGAAAUAAUUUUUUUUCUGUCACAGAAGGAAAAAUCCCUUAAAAUUCUGUCGGAUGCCACAGAAUGCCGUAGCAUUUUACUGUGCUCUGGAUAAAACUUAACAAAAACUUCUUGAGUUUCCACUUGAUUGUGGGCAGCCCAACCCAUGCUUGUUCCAUGCAUCUUCCUCCCACCCUGUAAUUUUCAGAAACCUUUGUAUCAUACAGUUGCAGAAAUGCAAGUCCCAGUUGCACAAUGACUCUUCACUGUUAUACAAAACUCAGGUAGUCUUCCAUAAAGCUUCAAAGCUUUUCCCUCCCCAGGAAAAGCAUCCUGGUGCUUUAAUGCUUUAAUGUCUCAGGGACACCUCAGUACUUCAGGGCACUCCCCAUGUGAUGUGUAAAAGACCAUGUCUCCUCAGAGUGUAGAUUGAUUCAGGGAACUCUGUUCAGAGACUAGUGACAGGUAAGUGUUAAAUGAAAUGGCUUAAUGACAAAUGUGUUUUCAAUAUAUUUCUGUUACAUCUGAAAAUACAGUAAAUGGCUUGUCAGCCCAGUGUAACUGGUGUUAGGAUUCCGAUGCUAACCCGGCAACAGCUCUGAAACAGUUUAAGAUACACAGGAGUUCAGUUGCACUUGUGGUUGCUACCAGUAAAAAUGUGUUACGUGGACGUGGGUCUUGCAAGCCCUUGUAACACAGAGUGAGUGCUUAACAAAGAAGCAGCUAGAGGAGUCGAUGCCCUCUUUCCAAAUCACACACAGUGUUCUGUCCAAGCAAAGCACUUCUGAGCAAAGAGGGGACCUCUGACAGGGGGAAAUAGUUUUAUUUCUAAAUAAGCUAUUUUUGCACUGCUUACUGGUGUGAACUAAAAUGAACUCAGUUCCUAUGUCCUGUAACUUCUUCUAAUGAACACUGUGUUAAAAGCUGCAAGGGGCUUUACACUAACAGUGCCUUCCAGUUUCUAAAUUUUGCUUGUCACAACUGACUGUUGUAUGGAUUCAUUCCAAAGCUUUUCCUCUUACCUGCUUGCACACAGAAGAAAAAAGGCAUGUUUGCUCGAGUUUACAGGUAUUUUCACAAAAAGCACACUUUUUUCAAAAUAACACAAAUUUGCUGGAAGAAAAACAUAUUUCAGCCUGGUCAUAUGGUUUACUGUGAGAAUUUCAGCCUGGUUUCAUUUGUUCUCUCUCCACCCUGAGCUUUGCGGGAGGAGUGCUGGCUGCUGCUGUUUAUGCUGAAGGAUUUCUUUAGCAUCCAAACUCAGUAAAGGGUCAACAAGUGGAGGAAGGCAGGUUGCUGUGGAAAUAACAUGUGAAAUGUAGUUCUGUAGGAAGGAUACACUUUGGUUAUUUUCUACAAAUACAGGACAUGUAUCCUGACUGUUGUGGAGUGAGGAUGGCCAGGAUGUGCCAAGGACUGAUGUAGGAUGAGACUUUAAAUACGUCUUAGGCUGAGAACAGCACAAUUAUUAAUAAACACUUUUAAACCUC